UCACUCUCCCUCCUCUGAAAUGAUGCCCUUCUCCCUUUAUGCAGACUCAUAAUGAUACAACAUAUAUUAAUCAAAUUCAAUACAGUGCCUAAAUUCCUUGCACCUUUCUCUGAAUCAUCCUUCCUUCCUUCUUCUUCUUCUCUACUUCUCUCACCCCAUCAAUGGCUGCCAACAAAUUUGCGACCUUGCUGCACAGAAACACAAACACUGUGGUUGUGACUCUGGUUUAUGCGGUUCUAGAAUGGGUGUUGAUACUUCUUCUUCUUCUGAAUUCUCUCUUCAGUUAUCUCAUCACAAGGUUUGCCAAAUGGGUAGGCCUCAAGCCUCCGUGCCUGCUUUGUUCAAGGCUCGAUCAUGUUCUAGAGCCGGAGAGUAAAAGCAAGGUCUUGCAGAGCGAUGCUGUGUGUGAAACUCACGCGGCUGAGAUUUCCAAGAUGGGUUUCUGCUCAAUCCAUGGGAAAAUGGCGGAGACACAGAGCAUGUGUGAGGAUUGCUUGGUCUCCAUUAGAGGCAUGGCUUUCGUUUCGUGGUUUAGUGAGAAAUCUGAGAGAUGCUCUUGCUGUGAUAAGAGCUUGAGAACUACCUAUACAAGCAAAGAGACUUUGAUUGUGGAAGCCUCCGAUGAUGAUGAUGAAGAUGAAGAUGAGGAAGAAGGAGAAGAAGAAGGAGAUAGAGAGUGUGACCAUCAGAUACUUUUUGAUGUGGAGAGUUUUAUACUCAGAGAAGUGGCAGAAGAUCGUUCGAACAGUUCUGUUUCAAAGGAUGCAGAGAAAGAUGAGAAAGAAGAUGAUCUUAUUAUCAUUACAGACACGGAUCCGAUUAGUGAAUGUCACCAUCUUCUUCAUCGUUUCUCUGAGUCUGUUUGGGAAGAUAGAUCGUUUGAUUGCAUCAGUAUGCGUUUUGAAACCAACGUAGAUGAUAAGGAUCAACGUGUGAUACCUGUGGAGUUAAUAGACUCUUUUACCUCUGCAAAUUUUGGAGCUUGUAAAUCAGAAGAUGGUGUUGGGAAGAAGGACCAAAAGAUCGAAACUUUGGCCUCUGAGUCAUCAAUUGAAGCUGAAUUAAGCAUGAAAGAUCAUAUGGUUUUGGAACAAGAUGACGAAGGGUUAAAAAAUGAUGGAGAUAAUGCUGAAUCAGCCAUGGAAAAGCAAGACGAUGAACAAGCAUUCGAAUGCACCCAAGAAGAUCAAACCUCUUCAAGUGACGAUGAUGCUGAAGUUCAAAAUGCCUUUGAUGAAUUCUUAGCUCAGAAUAAUAUUUGCCAGUCUCAGUCUUUGUUCUGUGGUGACAACAACAUAGAAACAACCCCAGAAGAAGCAGAUGAUACACAAGACAAUCUGCCUCAAUCUGAAGAACCCUCCUGUUCUUGUGAAUGCAUAGAAGAAGACCAAUCCUUAACCAGUGACGAUGAUGCUGAAGUUCCUGAUGCCUUUGAUAAAUUCAUUGCUCAGAACAGCCUUGGAAUGUCUCACUCUCACUCUUUUUCUUGUCUUGUUGAAACUGGUGCAAAUGAUGAGGAGGAUGCUGACCUAAGUUUGGCUGACGAAAAUCAUGAAGAAACAAGCCAUAAUCAUUCAUCAAAAUCCUGUGCGGAAGAUGAAGUAGAAGAAGACAAACUUCCUGAAACUCCAAGUUCUGUAGAUGGCCUGCAUUACCUGCAUGGGAAAAUGUUGCUUUAUGAGAAAACAGAGUCUGGGGAUGGAAGUGAGAUAGAAAAUGGCGAUUCAGUAUCGACAAUUGAACAACUGAAAACAGCUCUGAAAGCAGAGAGAAAGACUUUAAGUGCUCUAUACCAAGAGCUAGAAGAAGAGAGAAGUGCCUCAGCAAUUGCAGCAAACCAGACAAUGGCUAUGAUCACCAGGCUGCAAGAAGAAAAGGCAGCAAUGCAGAUGGAGGCAUUGCAAUACCAGAGAAUGAUGGAAGAACAAUCAGAAUAUGAUCAAGAAGCCUUGCAGCUCUUGAACGAUCUCAUGGUGAAAAGAGAGAAAGAGAAAAAAGAGCUUGAGAAGGAGCUGGAAGAGUACAAGCAGAAGGUAAUGGAUUUUGAAGCCAAAGAGAAACUAAGAGUCUUGAGAAGAAUGAAAAAUGGAAGUGAUAGAAGUAGAGAAUCCUCUUCUUCUCCGUCUUUGGGUGAAGACACUGAGGAGCAAUCCAUUGAUCUGAACUGUGAACCAAGGGAAGAAGAUAACAUUAACACAACCACUUCUACUGAUACAGUUUCAAGCUUGGAGGAAAUGACAAUGGACUGUGUGAAGCACAUGAAUGCUCUUGAUAGUUCAUUAGCAGAAUUUGAGGAAGAGAAACUGUCAAUUCUAGACCAGCUCAAAGCAUUGGAGGAAAAGCUCAUAACUUUGGGUGAUAAAGAGCAACUUCUUGAUGACUUGAAUCAGAACAGCUUUUUUAGCAGUCCAGAGGAAGAUAUGUGCUGUAACAAUGUGUAUUCAGAUGAUAAGCAAUGUCACUCUCCAAGAAUGCCAAUGGCUUCUCUGGCAAAGAGGCUGCUUCCAUUUUUAGAUGCAGUCAAUGAUGAUGAGACAGAAGAAUCAUAUUCAUGUGGAAGGCAAGAGGAAAACUCAGGAGGUCCCAUUGAUAAUGCAACUAUGAAAGUGUCCAUCGAAGAAGAGGUUGAUCAUGUUUAUGAGAAGCUACAAGCUCUUGAAACUGACACUGAGUUUCUAAAGAACUGUAUGGGAUCCACAGAGCAGGGAGAUCAGAAGGGAAUGGAUCUUCUUCAGGAUAUAUUGCUGCAUCUUCGCGAUCUCAAGGCUGUGGAACUCAGGCUAAAUCAGUUGGGUGAUGAUGAUCCAUUGAGGUGAAGAGUUGUAUUAAUCAAACGAAGAUUUGGAAGGCAUUAAUGUUUGUAUUUCUGCUUUGAUCCAAACAAGAUUUAGUGAGUAAAAGUCCACUGUUUGCUAUUUUCAGGCUCCUUCUUUUUU